GUAGAAGCCAUGUUGUGAAGUAUUCUUUCAGUAAUUGCUUGUAAUAUCUUAAAGAAUAUUAUUUGAAGAUUAACUGAAUCUGUAAAUGAAAUGAUAUGAAGCGUUUUGAUACCCAUGUAAAACCGCCACAUUAUGGCCCCGAAAGGCCAACACAUGUUAAUACUAUCGAUAAUUCGUCAGCGGCGGCGACAGUAGUGGCUGUCUGUACUGGAAGUGCUUUCUUCAUUAUAGUGAUCGCCGCCACCACUUGCUAUCUCUAUAAACGCAGAAAUAGCGAUCAAUUUGGACACAAAACACUUCUAAUUAAGCGUAAUAUUCCUGUCGAUCAGUCGCUAUCAUUCAAGAAGUCUUCUGCUGUCAAAAGUCCCGGUUCUGCGACUGUUCUUAAGAAGAGUCCGAGUCCUACAGGAAAUAAAUCGCCGCCGGGAAAACUUCACUUCAAAUUGAAAUAUAAUUACCAAAAGCGAGCUCUUUGUGUGACAAUAAUCAAGUGCUCGGAUUUGCCCCCAAAAGAUCCCAACUUUGGAAGUUCUGAUCCCUAUAUUAAGCUUCAAUUGUUACCAGAAAAACAACAUAAAGUUAAGACCCGAGUAUUGCGCAAAACCCAAAAUCCAGUUUAUGACGAAGACUUUACAUUCUAUGGAAUCAAUCCAAACCAUUUGCAGACAACAAUUCUUCAUUUUGUUGUCUUGAGCUUUGAUCGAUACUCAAGAGAUGAUGUAAUCGGAGAAGUGUUUUGUCAGUUAAAUCUGUUAGAAUUUGAUUCAUUGGAAAAACAGAUUCUUAUCACAAAAGACAUUUCUCCCCGAAGUCAUAAAAUGAGACUACAGGGAAGGGGAGAGAUCCUGGUCUCCCUCUGCUAUCAACCGGCGGCCAAUCGGCUGACUGUUGUUGUACUAAAAGCUCGGAAUUUGCCAAAAAUGGAUUUAACAGGACUUUGUGAUCCAUACGUGAAGAUAUAUUUGGUUCAUAACAACCAAAAGAUUAUUAAGAAGAGAACACACGUCAAGAAGAGAACCACUUCUCCGGUGUUUAACGAGAGCUUUGUGUUUGACAUCCCAUACAAUGAGGGUCUGGAGAACGUGAGCAUUGAGUUCCAAGUGCUCGACUACGACAGGGUUACCAAGAAUGAAGUGAUCGGCAAAUUAGAAUUGGGACCAAAAACUGAUUCUUCUACUAAAAAGCAUUGGCAGGACGUUAUCUCUUCUCCCAGAAGACAAAUCGCUGAAUGGCAUAAACUCAAGGAUUGAACGCAUUAUGAAUUAAUGGAGCCGUUGUUAGCGUAUGGGGACAGACAAGACGUUUUGCCAAUCAAUGCUUAAAUGUUUGGGUGAAUGAGAUGUGAGUGAGGGGUACUUUGGCCAUACCCUACUUGACUGUCCCCUUAACAACGCAAUCGCUUCUUAUUAUCUUUAAAUUAAUUUAGAAAUAUAUUGUGCUUAACAUUGAAUGGUAUUCUAAGUUUGCACCGAUUUUAGUCCUAAUUUUCCAAAAUUACCA